AUGGAUCAAUCGCUGAGUCGGAAGGAUGAAAAGUCUUAUCACGAUCUUUUUUUUGUUUCCUCGCAUCCGAAUGCCGUUCCUACGCUUUACACUUGUGCUGGGCAGUGGUUUUUUCUUUUUGAUUUAUUUGAGGGUAACUUCGCGGACUCUGACAGGCGUAUGAAGUUGAAACUUUGGCGGCUUAUAGACUUGGGUGCGCUCUUGGAAACGAGAGAUUAUCUUCUGAACUCUUGGAGCUUUUGAGAAAAAGCAUCUCGAAAAAGUUCCGGAAGGGUUCUGUACCUGGACCUUUCUCUUCCACCUGGCGCAGUGGCUUGAGGGCCAGUCUCAGUUGAUUUUUGGAGUUGGUUCGAUUUUAAUCGAGUGCAAAUCUUUUUUGCUUUUUUAAAGACUUCCUAGCGAUUUUCUCUAGAAAUUGGACCCUCGUAAAACGUAUGAAUACGUUAUUUUACCAGAUUCAAAUCUUUGAGCCGAUAUAUGAAUUUUUGAAGUUGAAAAGCUAAUUUGACCAAAAUACAAAAACAUUUUAUAUUUUCGUAUUUCUGAAGGUUCUAAAGGGUUCCAGAUGGUUCUAUAUUCUAUAUGAUAAAUUCGUUAUUUUACCAGAUUCAAAGCUUUUCGAGCCGAUAUAUGAAUUUUUGAAGUUGAAAAGCUAAUUUGACCCAGAACGAAGAAUUCGUAAUGGUUCCAGAUGGUUCUAUAUGUAAGCAAACCUUCUGAGAACGUUUAAAUACGUUAUUUCACUCGAAUCGGAGCUUUUGAGCCCAUAUAUGACUUUUUUAAGAUUAGAAGGAGGGUUAAUUUGACUCAAAAUAGAGGAAAAAGUCGAUAGUUUUGUAUUUCAGUAGGUUCUUAAUGGUUCUAUAUGGGAGCGGGUUCUCUGAAAACGUGAAAAACUUCAUUUCACUCGAUUCUGAACAUUUUGAGCUGAGAUAUAAAUUUUUGAAGUUUAGUCCAGGACACUUCUAGAUUCACCAGAAGGUCCUGAAAGUCUGUCUAAUUUUCGAGAAAGGAAACCCCUCGAAUUCCGUUUAAAUAGGCUAUUUUUUAUGUUUUCCUUGUUUUUUGAAAACUAGGAAGUUUUACAGGUUAGGACUUUCAGAAUAUUUUUUUGGAACGCCAAGAAGUGUACUGGCCGAUCUUUAAGAAAUUCCCGACCGUAAAUUGAAAUGACCUUUCUUGUCAGAAGCUUUUUUCUAGGUCUAACAAAUAAUCUCUCUCAAGAGCUGCUACCAAGGUCCAUGCGCCUGUCAGAGUCCGCCUAGUUGUCCAGUCAAAUUAAUCAAAAAAAAAAAAACAACUGCAAAAGUGUAAAGCGUCUGAUCCUCUAACUCAAAGCCGCACUUUUGAGAGGAUUUUUCCUUUUUUUUUCCUUUUCGGAGCGUCUAAGCUAAUCAAAGUUUAUUAUGAUGUUUUAACUGCUACUCUUCUUUUAGUGAAAGAACUGCUCCAGGAUGAGCGCCAACGCCGCCAACAUCACCCCGGUUUCGGCGGUCACCCGCGAUUCGAGAGACGUGACGCUUCAUGGCGUUUGCACUUUUCUCGAGUACAAAUACGUUGCCAGCGAUGAGCCAACGGUUGAGGUCACCUUUCCUUAUUCCGAAAAAUGGUUUGGUUUUUCUAAACUUAUCUGUGCGUUAGAGCAUCUUUGGGCCUUUUCAGAACCGCCGGAGUGGUCCCUAUAGACCUUCUAGAAGUUCAAGUAUUUUGCGUUUCAAAGAGCGUAUGAAUUUCCAAGCUCAUUUUAAAAUUUUCAUAGACUGACUUUUUGGAGAGCUCGAUUUUCUUGAAAUACUUUCAGAGUUAUAAGCUUCAUUAUUAGAUUCGUGAAACAUUUUUGAUAGAUAUGUACGAAAUUCCGCGUUGUUUCCGAUGUGCAUUCUCAAAAAUAUACUUUUAUUUUCUUGAGGUUGAAUUUUUAUAGUUUUUAUAGUAUUGGUUCUCCUCUGCAAACAGUCGAAUAAUAUUAUUGGAAGAGGAUAAAUCCCACCAUCAAGAUCCGAAAGAUUUUGUUACUUUUGUACUGAGGCAUCGUCAAGACUUCCGCAUUUCGCGAAAGAAAAUAUUUUUCCACAUUUCUUAAUUCGAAAUUUUAGUUCCGCCCAUCUCUGAUUUGUGCGUCUCAGAGUCUUUUCGGAAGGAUCGAAAGUUUGAAGCUUUUAUAAGCUUUUUACGAGAAGUUUAUAUCCAGCAGACGUCAAAACGGCUUUUCAAAGACUACGAAUUUAUUUUCAAAUCAUGUUUUUGUUUCGUUGUUUUAGUCAUAGAUUUAAUCAACUAGGCGGUGAACAAGAACUUUAAAAGCUUGACGAACAACCGCCUUUGGCGAACUGGAAGUCCAAACGUGUAGUGAUCAAGUUGAAAACAUGGUCUUACGGUCCUUCGCCUCGUCCUUCUGCGCUUAGACCGUUCAGUUGCGCCUUGACGAGUUCAGAGUGUAGCGGAUAUUGUAGCUGGAGCCCUAAUACCGUGCUCUAGGUUGAAGCCUCGGAAUGAGACCCACCACUUCGGGUGAAGAUUUUUCCCGGAAACGUUGUACUACGUUUUUCAAAAGAAAUCUUUCAUAUAAAAGCGAAGUUUUUUGAGCUUUUGUAAACAAUUCUUUCAUUCAGUUCGCCCGUUUCAACCUAACAGACGAGCUCGGAGACAGCAUGGUCAUUACUGCUCACGGAAAAAAAAGCUGACAUGGUCAGAUCGGUCGUGAAAAAGGGAGAAGUUUGCCCAGAAAGAUCUUUAGAGAAGGGUAAUAAUCCAUAUUCAGACUGUCUUCGUGACGGCGCUCCUCCCGACGUCGCUCCCCCCUUUUGAAAUGAGAAUCCAAUUGGAUUCAGAGGUAAUAAUCGUUACAUAUAUAGUUCGUUUGCCGCGAUUUGAAAUUUUUCAAAUGUCUGCGUCUCUCUGUUCCCUCACCGGCAAGGUCAGAGAAACAUGUAAAGAGCACGUCAACAUGAGAGGGUCGCCGAGAGACGAAGAGGGCGCAGAGAAGUACCGCCCUCUCAAGUCGCAAAAAACGGACUAUAAAAGGAUAUCCCAUUGUUUUAAUAUUUUUUUUCUUUUUUACAAGCUGUCUUCAAGUUAUUACUAUAGGAUGCGCCUAAUUAACUGACGUGAUUUUUUUUUUUAGAUGAAUUAGGCCUGGAACAAGAACUUUCGAAGCCAUAUCGAACAACCGCUUUUGACGAACUAGAAGUCCAAAUGUGUAAUUGAAAGAGUUUAAUACAUGAUCUUAUAUGCUUUCUUUGGACCGCCGGAGUGGUCUCUAGAGGGAUUGGGGGAAAACAGCACCUAUACGGAGCAUAUAAGGGCCUCUUCUUUUCAGAGCAGCCUUGGGAAUUUUAGAGUGGUCCCCUAUAAGGGUUGGUAAAGUGGUCCCUAGAGGAAACCCUUCAAGGGCCCCUACGGUUGCUCCUAUAGGGACCACUCCGGAGUCCCUAAGGUUAAACGAAGUUCGAAUCCUUUUGACUAUGAGAUAUAACGAUUUGAAUGCCGUUCAAUGAUCAGGCCCACCCCCUGAAAUCAUUCCUGACCCUGACACCUUUUUACGACUUUGAUAUCAGUAAAAGUAUAAAAUCAAUAUUGUUUUCUUUGUUUUUUUCUGGUUAGAUGGUAUAUUUCUCCUUCUUUGAAUCGGUAUAAUUUGUUCUCAAUAAGUUGAAGCAGUCUGACCUAUCUGCGAUUCCUUUUCCCUCAUCAAUGCCUUCUAAAAAUAGAACGUAAAAAUGAGAGCGUUGCCGAAGAAAAAGAGAGUCAAACUCUUGAAAUUGGCAGUCCCAAAUUUUUCAAGCUUCGCGAUUGGCAGCCCCAAAAAUUUAGAUCAGACUUUUUGAAGUUUUGACGGACGUGUUGUACGAAGAAUGGAGGUUGAGAAAGUCUCUCAGGUUGAGGAAAAUUUUUCCGAAAGGACCUAGUCUGAAGAGUUAAAAGAGUACUAGUUCUGCGUGAAAUUCCCUAUUUUUAUUUAUUUCUUCUUAAAAUUCAAAAAAAAAUUUUUUCUUAAUCAAAAGAAAAUUUUCAAAAUGUUGAAGAUAACGGUGAGCGAAAAGAAAAUCGUGCCACCGCCCACACAAUAUCCCAUCUACAUGGUGGACUCGAUUCCCUACUCUGAGAUCUAUGGAGUCAUCGCUGUUCUAGACGAGGUCGAAGUUAUGAAAAUUGUGGGUUUUCAACGUCUUGGCUUAGGAGUUGAAUAAACUUUUCCCAAAAUCUCCAUUUUCUCCAUUUUUCCCGUGAAUUUAUAAGUUCAAAUCAUCUGCACAAGCACUUCCAGAUCCGGAAUAAGGACGGCGAGACGUCGUACCGUGACGUCACACUUGCCAAUUUCGACGGAGCAACAAAAACUGCUCGACUUCAUGGACCUCAUGCUCGGCUCGUCGGAUGCAAGGACGUCAACUUCGUCGUCCACCUCAACGGCGUCAAGACGUUCAUUGAAAAUUGUACGAAUAUAGAAGAAAAGUUGAAAAUGACGGCGUUUUUUUUGACGACGUCCCGCCCUUUUUUUCCGUAAAGUUUAGUGUGUCGUGUGCAUGCACUGCGGCACUCUCGCACGUGUCAAAAAUAACUUUUUUCUUCUCUGAAUUUCCGGAACUCUGUUACAUUUUUCACGUUCUGACGAAUAUUUUGAAUUUCGCGGAAUCAUUUUGAACACGGCAAUAGAAAAAUUGCGUUUUUUACUUGAGAAGUCGAUUCGUCUCAUGACCCAUUUCACAUGCGCCUUUAAUACCCCCUUUUUUGGGCUUUUUUCUCAUGACGUCAUAUGGGAACGGCAGGAGUUCUGACUCCGCCUGAAAAAGUUACUGUUUACGUAACUUUAAAAAAAACGAAAGGAGAACUCCGUGAAGAUCCUCGGACGAAACAUUUUAUAGGACGCCUAAUGAAAUGUUGAUAAAAAACUUCAAAAUUUUCGGAUUUGGCUCUCUACGGUUUUUAUUUUUGGAAUAAUUCGAUUCAUAUGAUCUUCGUCUUCUUUUUUUGAACUUUUUUUCGUUCGAAAUGGUACCGGUGAAGUGGAAAUCACAGUCUGAGAGUGAAAAAGGGAAUGAAUAUAUUUUAUAGGUUAGAGAUCUUUUCGGAUUCCGCGGAAUCGGCGUAAAACACUUAUUUCGAAAAAAAUUUUUUUGAAUUUUUAUUUUUUUCAGCAAAAGUCCGUAUUGAGACUACCAAUGAGACCGAAGUGGUUGUCUACCGCCACUUGAGGUUAGCCAAAGAGCUCCUAUGCUCGAAAGCCCGAAACACCAGAAGGAAUGGUAACAAGUGGGUUUUUUUUUUCAAGAAUUAAGGUUAAAGAAAAGAUGACCUUUUUUCCAAAACUCCAAAAAGACACUAAAAAAAGGUUCUGGAGUGAAAUGUGCGCGGGUUAGGUCCAUUUCGUUAUACGGUAAAAAAAAAAACGGGACAAACAGACCCGGAACGGGUUAUAGUGAACUUGGUCUCAUUUAGAAGGUCCACUUUGAGCAAAGGACCAAUAAAGUAUUUACCAAGCUUUCUGAUUUCCAAGCUUUUCCAGCACGUAUCGCGAUCAGCAUUGA